UCACAGUUGAACCGUAAACAGAACAAAGUCAUUAAACUCCAUGACAACCAUACUGUAGAACUUAUCGUUGUCAUAGAGACAUUAUGACAUCACAAUCGGUGCCUAUAAAACGCUCAGCCAGAUGAAACUGGUAUCAUUUGACUGAUCUGAACGCUUGCCUUUGGUUGACUCCGAACGCUACUGUACAGAUUAUCAAGUGAAUUUGCAGACUUUCAAAUAGUUCGCAACUUUAAACUGCUUGACGCACUGUGUACGGACAGACAGUUUACUUAGAUUUCAACCCUCUGUGAACCGAGUCUAAGCACAGUUAAGUCUGCAGUUAUCUUUUCACAUCAUGUUUCGUCCUGUAACACCAUUGUCCGACAAGGACAUGGAAGGAGCAGAUGUUGAAAAUAUGGAUCUGCCGAAUGCUGUGCCGAACUUUGACUAUGUCCCUGAUUUCGGACUUUCGUCACAAGUCGGGCGCGCUGCCGGUUUAAAUCCAUUUGAAGGAGGAGAGGAGGAGGAGGAGAUGGUGGAUGUUUAUCCAACACAUGAGGCGAAACGCCAAAAAGUGUUGGGAUGGAGAUGUGAUGAUGGUGGAAUGGAUUUUGUCCUACCAAGUGCGGUCCCUGACAUUGUCCCGAACAACGGACAUUUGUUAGACAGACGCGCCGGGAGUUCACAUCCACGAGGAGGAGUAAAGGAGUUUACUCCUGCAUUUGAGGAGGCGAACAGCCCCACAGAAAAAUGCGAGAAUAAAUUAUUGAAAUCAUUAAAGAAGGGAUGGAAUAUUGUAAGGCGCCCAUUCCUUCAUAAUGAUAAAGUGGAAACACUGAUUCCUUCAGAGCUUAAUGCAGAUUCAGAUGAUCCUAAUGUAAAGGAUGAUGCUGGUCUGGCGAGCUCUGAAUUAAACAAUAAGAUCAAACCGGAAAAACAACGAAUGGCAUUCUUUGACUGUCUCUGGAGGGGCAAGGUGGAGUCAGUGCCGACUCCCCUGCUUAAAGCGGAUCCAGCUAUCCCUGAUGUUAGGGAAGUUGUUGAUCUUGCAUCACAGUCAAAGACCUACGUUGGUCCGAAGAAGCAGAAAGAAAAGGCUUCAAAGAGCCGCAAAUCUAACCUCCAGGGAGAAAAAGUGACUGUUGUGCCAACUCAACAGCCCAAGGCUAUUUCAGAUAUUCCUGUUGGCAUGGAUGUUCCUGCUCUGGCCGGCCCCCAAUCAAAACCAAAGAUUCGUCCGGAUAAAUGCAUGACAUUGACGCAACGCUUCUUUGGAUGCUUCCGGAGGGGCAAAGUGGAGUCGAUGCCGACUUCACAGAUUGAGGCCGAUCCAGCUAUCCCUGAUGCCAGGGAAGUUGUUGAUCUGGCAGAUUCUCAAUCGAAGAGUGUUGGCUUAAAGCAACAAAAACAAAAGGCUUCAAAGAGCCGCUCAUUUCACAACCCUUGGAGUAAAAAAGGGAAGAGUAAAGUGAAAAAAGAUGCCAAUCCAGCUAUUCCUGAUGCCAUGGAUGAUGUGGAUCUGGCCAGUUUUGGUGGCAUCGCUGCAGCCAAUGCCAGGCUACUGAAGUUAGGUGCCAUUCCAGAGAAUAUUGGGUUAAAAGGUGGUGGAAAUCCUGACCCAAAUAAAGCAAAAAAUCCUGGGUCAAAAGAUGUUGGAAAUCCUGAGGCAAAAGGUUGUAAAAAUCCCAGGCCAAAAGCUCUUAAAGCUCUUGAAAAUCCCAGACGUUUUUGGGGUCCUAACCCAGGUAGAUUUAUAAUUCCCACACCAAAAGCUUUGGAAAAUACUAGACGUUUUUGGGAUCCUUACCCAGCUAGAUUUAAAACUCGCAGACGAAAAGUUGUUGGAAAACCCGCAAUAGGUUGGAUUCGUAACCCAACUAAAUUUAAAAUUACCCCACCAGAAGCUUUUGAAAAUCCCAGAGAUUCCUCGCCAGAAGAUGAUAAGGUUGUCAGGCCAAAAGCUUUUGAAAAUCCCCGACGUUUUUGGAUUCCUAAACCAAGUAGAUUUAAAAUUCCCACACCAAAAGCUUUUGAAAAUCCCAGAGAUCCCUCGCCAGAAGAUGAUAAAGUUGUCAGGCCAAAAGUUAUGAAUGUUGUUCAACAAGCUUUUAAACCGCCAAGUGAGAAGAAACGAGCUAAUCGCUCAGUACCAAGAGGUCCCACACCAAAAGCUUUUGAAAAUCCCAGAGAUCCCUCGCCAGAAGAUGAUAAAGUUGUCAGGCCAAAAGUUAUGAAUGUUGUUCAACAAGCUUUUAAACCCCCAAGCGAGAAGAAACGAGCUAAUCGCUCAGUGCCAAGAGGUCCCACACCAAAAGCUUUUGAAAAUCCCAGAGAUCCCUCGCCAGAAGAUGAUAAAGUUGUCAGGCCAAAAGUUAUGAAUGUUGUUCAACAAGCUUUUAAACCGCCAAGCGAGAAGAAACGAGCUAAUCGCUCAGUGCCAAGAGGUCCCACACCAAAAGCUUUUGAAAAUCCCAGAGAUCCCUCGCCAGAAGAUGAUAAAGUUGUCAGGCCAAAAGUUAUGAAUGUUGUUCAACAAGCUUUUAAACCGCCAAGUGAGAAGAAACGAGCUAAUCGCUCAGUACCAAGAGGUCCCACACCAAAAGCUUUUGAAAAUCCCAGAGAUCCCUCGCCAGAAGAUGAUAAAGUUGUCAGGCCAAAAGUUAUGAAUGUUGUUCAACAAGCUUUUAAACCCCCAAGCGAGAAGAAACGAGCUAAUCGCUCAGUGCCAAGAGGUCCCACACCAAAAGCUUUUGAAAAUCCCAGAGAUCCCUCGCCAGAAGAUGAUAAAGUUGUCAGGCCAAAAGUUAUAAAUGUUGUUCAACAAGCUUUUGAACCGCCAAGCAAGAAGAAACGAGCUAAUCGCUCAGUGCUUAGAGAGCCUUUUGAUUCUAUAUAUCAACUCUUGUAUCAAGUGCUUGGGCAAGGGUGCGGUGGCAAAGUGAACAAAGGGAUCCGUAUAUCGGAUAACACUCCGGUUGCCAUCAAGCAAAUAAACAAACGAAAGUAUGAAAGGACUCUUCAGAUUCCUGGAUACCCCAAACCACUUAUUACAGAAGUGGCGCUGAUGCUUAAGUUAAGAGAUGCGCCCUCAUGCCCCAAUGUCAUACAGAUGUAUGACUGGUACGACACUAAACACUUUUACACGCUCGUGUUGGAGUACCCACUGCACAGCGAAUCCUUGUGGGAUUUUGUUACAAAUCAUAGAGGACUAAGUGAAAAUACAGCAAGACAUCUCAUGCGUCAGGCGGUACUGGCAGUGAAACACUGUCUGGAUAAUGGAGUUUUUCACACCGACCUCCAUGCCAGUAACUUCUUGGUGCAGCAAUCAACAAUGAGCCUGAAGUUAAUUGACUUUGGGGCUGGACAUUAUCUGACGCAUGAGGCAUAUAAGACCUCCGACUUUGUAGGAGCUCCAUGUUGCACCCCGCCUGAGAUCAAAACAGCUAAGAAAUUCCACGCCGUGCCAGCAAACGUCUGGGCCUUAGGUACUGUGCUGUACUUCAUGGUGCUUGGAUCUUUGCCCUGUCUUUUAAACGACUUUAAUUCCGGGUGUCUGAAGACAAAUGAGAAGGAUUUAUCAAAGGAAAUCUGUGAUCUGUUAAGUUGGUGCCUGGCCCUGAAUCCAAGUGAUCGUCCGACGCUCAAGCAGAUCUUAGAUCAUGACUGGUUUAAAACUAAGUCUGACAAAGAAGAGCUACUCGUGUACAAAAUCAGGGCAAUAUCCACACAAAAAUGAAAAGGAUGAAGCUGAAUGACUGAAGGAGAGGGGAAUGGAGUUUGGAGUUUGAAGGAGGUUGUAUUUCAGACUUCAUGAACACAGACCGCUGGCUGAACAUCUGAUGCAGAUCCUGUCUCAUCCUUGAACACAUUAAAAAAAAAUCAAUUCUUAAUGUUUUUAUUUUUCAAAGUUGUAAAAUAAAGUAUCUAAUAUAUAGUAAGUUCUCUAUAGAAUCAGCUAUG